AUGGAGGACAUUGCCAUCAUUGGCAUGGCCUGUCGAUUCCCCGGCAAUGCGACCUCACCGGAGAAGCUGUGGGAGAUGAUGGUCCAAAAAAAGUCGGCGUGGUCAGAGUUUCCCGGGAACCGCCUCAAUAUUGACGGAUAUUAUCAUCCGAGUGGCGACCGCCAGGGCAGUAUCUCUUUUCGAGGCGCCCACUUCAUCAAGGACGACAUUGCAGCUUUUGACGCAUCUGUAACUGGUCUUCGCAUGGAAGAUCUCAGGGGCAGCCCUACAGCCGUCUACGUUGGCUCGUUCGUGAAGGACUACGAGCAGAUUUGUCUGCGUGAUAUGGAUUGGCAGCCUCAGUAUGCCGCUACAGGCACUGGAAAUGCCCUAAUGUCCAACCGCGUGUCCUACACGUACGACUUCAAAGGACCAAGCAUGACGAUUGACACCGGAUGCAGUGGAAGCCUCGUGGCCGUCCACCUGGCCGCUCAAGCUCUUCGAGCCGGCGAUUGUUCUAUAGCUCUCGCUGCGGGCGCUGGUCUCAUAUUCACACCCAAUACCAUGAUGCCCAUGACGGCACUCAACUUCCUCAGCCCGGACGGCAAGUGUUUCGCCUUUGAUUCCCGCGCCAAUGGCUAUGGCCGUGGCGAGGGCAUCGGUUUUGUCGUCCUCAAAAAGAUAUCGGAUGCAGUCCGAGACAAUGACACCAUCCGAGCUAUAAUCCGUGGCACCCAUGUGAACCAAGACGGCUUGACCCCCGGUAUCACGCUUCCGAGCAAGGAGGCUCAGGUGGCCAACAUCCGCUCCCUUUACUCGAAACAUAAUCUGGACAUGAAGCAAACCGCUUUCGUUGAAUGCCACGGUACUGGAACCCAAGCCGGAGACUUUCGCGAACUCAAGGCCAUUUCCGAGACAUUUGGCGAUGCAAGAACAACCGAGAAUCCAGUCUUUGUAGGCUCGGUCAAGACAAACAUUGGCCAUCUUGAAGGUGCAGCCGGAGUCGCGGGGCUCAUCAAAGGCGUCCUCACUACCGAGAAGGGCCGGAUCCCGCCAAACAUCAACUUUGAGCACGGAAAUCCUGAAAUCGACUUCGAGAACUGGAAAGUCAAGGUACCUACGGACCUGACAGAGUGGCCAGUCAAUGGUCCUCGAAGAACCAGCGUCAACUGCUUUGGCUUCGGCGGCACUAACGCGCACGCCGUGCUCGAUGAACCUGCUGCUUAUCUCGCAGAGCGCGGUAUCUUAGCCAACCAUAACUCCGUUCAUGACAACAACACACAAACCCUGCAGAAUAAAGAUGGUUCCGAGGGGUAUGCAACUCCAAAGCUCUUUGUGUUCUCCUCCAACGAGCGCAAGGGUGUUUCUCGUCUAAUGGACACUCACCUCGAACACAUCACUAGCCUCACGAACUUGACUGAGGCUGAGGCUGACAACUACGCUUACACCCUGGGAUGCCGUCGUUCAACCAUGGAUUGGAAAGGUUUUGCUGUAGCGAAUUCUUUCCAAGAUCUCACGGCGAAGCUAUUUUCAACGGACGAGAUGAGCUUUCUUCGAUCCAGUCGUGAGAGCAAGCCGAAGCUUGGUUUCGUCUUUUGCGGUCAAGGGGCACAGUGGGCUCAGAUGAGCCGAGAACUCUUAGUUUUUGAUGUCUUCAGAGAGAGCAUCACGGCAGCUUCAGACUACCUCAAGUCUCUCGGAAGCAAGUUUGAUCUCUUUGAGGAGGUCAUGAAGACCAAGGAAGAGUCAUGCAUUCAAGACCCCCAGAUUUCGCAGCCGUCAACGACUGCAGUGCAGGUGGCGCUUGUCGACCUGCUGCGGUCUUUCAACAUCACCCCCAGCAGCGUCGUGGGGCACUCCUCGGGAGAGAUUGCUGCUGCAUACGCAUCGACCGCCAUCACCAGCGAGGCAGCCUGGGCGCUUGCGUAUCAUCGUGGACAGAGCGCUUCUUUUCUCAAGACCGUCGCCCCACGUCUUAAGGGCGCAAUGUGUGCUGCCAGAAUGACAAGCUCCGAAGCCAACCAAUACCUCGAGAACCGCGACGGGGGCAGUGAUCUCCAGAUUGCAUGCAUCAAUAGCCCCCAGUCAGUCACCAUCUCCGGCGACCGCAGUGAUGUUCUCCAUAUGCGAGAUGAGCUCAAGUCCCGCCAAGUCCUAUGCAAGAUUCUGGAUGUCGACAUCGCCUACCACUCGAGGCACAUGAGAUUGAUCGAGGACAGUUACAUGGACUCCAUUAAGUCUAUCCUACCAGAAGGCGUUACCGAGAACAUUCCCUUCUUCUCGUCCGUUUACGGAGAACUGCUCCCGCAAGAACAGCUUAAUCCUUCGUACUGGGCGGACAACCUGGUUUCUACAGUGCAGUUCGCCUCUGCCGUGAAAGCCAUGAUGGGUGCGGAUAGUCGACCAGAUGUUCUGAUUGAGCUGAGCCCCAAAGCAACUCUGAAAUCGGCGCUCCUAGAGAUCAUCUCUGAGCACAGUCCUGGAUUUGAGCCGGCGUAUCUUCCACUCAUUCUGCGAGACAAGGACUCCGCAAUCACCACGUUUCAGGCCAUUGGUGAGAUCUGGGCUCGAGGUCACCCGGUUGAUAUGCUCAAGGUCGUCUCCAAGGGUGCCGACGCACAACCUUGUAAAACGCUCGUCGACUUGCCUUCUUACCCCUGGAAUCACUCAAAAACGUUCUGGCACGAGUCCCACACGUGCACUGAGCAUCGCUUUCGGAAAUUUGGCCGUCUGGACCUGAUCGGGUCCCCUUCUCCGGAUGCCACCACUUUCGAGCCCAGAUGGAGGGGGUUCUUCCGCAUCUCGGAAAACCCUUGGAUCCAGGAUCAUCGAGUCCAGAAAACCAUCGUCUAUCCAGCGGCCGGCAUGGUUACUAUGGCUCUCGAAGCCGCGAGUCAACUAUCUCAAGACAUGGAAGAUGUUCUAGGCUUUCAUCUUACCGGCCUGCGAAUAGAAAGAGCAAUGAUAAUUCCGUCAUCGGCCUAUGGUCUUGAGUACUCACUCAAUUUGAAGCAGCUUCCCACCAAGACGGGCGCCGAUCCAGAAUGGGAGUUUGCGAUUUACUCAAAACCGGAGGAUGGCCCUUGGAUUCGACACGCCGACGGCAACAUCGGGGUUAGACGACAGACUGGAGCUUUGCCCUUUGCCACCAGCGGACACGCACAGAGGUAUACGGAGAUUCGACUUCUUUGCGACAAGUCACUCCCGCCUCGACAGCUCUACGAGGUUUUGGACGUUGUUGGCCUCAACUACGGCCCAUGCUUCCAGAACGUGGUCGCCAUUUCGACUUACCAGAAUUCCUGCGUCAGCAAAGUCCGCGUCCCUGAUACCAAGUCCAAGAUGCCUGCCAACUUUGAGCACCCUCAUGUCAUUCAUCCCGCGACCCUCGACGCCAUGUUCCAAACUCUCUUCGCCAUCGACAGCAAGCCCAUGGUCCCGUCAUCGAUUGAGAGUAUCUUCGUCUCCGCAACGAUUCCUCACGGCGCUGGCUACGAUUUCACAGGGUUUGCCACGGCCGAGAGACAUGGCCUCCGCGAUGCAACCGGCUCCGUCGUCAUGGUGUCGGACGAGGACAACUGGGAUGCACCAUGUGUUGUGGUCGAUGGCCUGCACUUCACUGCCCUCUCGAACCCUUCGGUGGAAGACGGUGGUUUCAUCCCGAAUCAUCGAAAUCUAUGCUCCGAGAUCGUUUGGAGGGAAGACUACACUACGGCUGCGGCUGAGGACUUCUCCGAUGUACUCUCGCUGAUGGCCCAUAAGUGCCCGUCAUUAUCUGUUCUGCAGUGCGGCGGCAACAUGCAGCUUGCCCAUAAAGUCCUGGACAUCCUUUCCGAAGGCGUCACCAUGCGGCUGUCUCGUUACACAGUAACCGACAUGAACACCUUCUCUGCCAUUGAAAAAGCAUACGAGAAGUCUCCGAUACAUAGAUUACUGGAAUUUCGAAGCAGUGCUAAUGUAAGGGAGCACCAUGCUCGAUACAACCUCAUCAUCAGGGCCAGAGAUUCAGACUUUGGCUUCAACGAGGCGAGCCGCCUUGUUCUACCUGAAGGUGUUCUUCUCAACGAGGUCUCGCCACCCAUGACGCCAACCAGCACCGACUCAAUGGUCGAGACCCAGCUAGCAUUGGAAGAUCCCAGCUAUCUACGUUGGUCCUACAACGCAGAGCCUGACAACGUCAUCCACUGCGACGUGUUGGAUCAGCACUUUGAGGCCAGUCUCUUUGUUGACAAGCCCGAUUGUGCCAAAUCGCCCGAAGUUCUCAUCAUUCUGCCUAACGCAUCCGAUCCCUUGGUGGGAGGAUUGGCGAAGUCUCUGAGUGAUGUUCUUCUGGAAAGGGGCUUCAGAGUUAGUAUCGGUACCCAGCACGGAUCCGACCCCAAGGGCAAGACUUGCAUCGCCCUUCUCGAAGUUUCCGGCAGCUUCGUCUAUGAAUGGUCAGAGGAAAUGUUUUGUUACUUCCACAGUCUGCAAGACGCGGCCCAUAGCCUUUUGUGGGUGACCCGAGGCGCGAACCGACGUCCUACAAACCCUCGAAACGCUCCGAUCAUCGCGCUCGCUCGAACAAUUCUCUCCGAAGAUCCUCAGAAGACCAUCAUCACUCUCGAUUUGAAUGAGAGCACUUCUCUAGCUUCAUGCACCCUGCCGAAGACCGUGGAAUGGGUGCUGGAUUCAAUGCUGAACGGAUCUGGCGAGGCAGAGUUCGCUGAAGAGGGAGGGCAACUCUACAUUCCGCGACUGAUGCCACUGAAAGAUCUGAACAAGAUGAUCGAGAAUGAUUCGCACGCUGAGAUUGUCCGGCAAGCCAUUUUCGACCACCUCAAACCCAUGGCCGGUUACCAAAUGGUCAUCUCCAAGCCGGGCAUUGCCGAUGAUAGCUUCCACUUCGUCGAAAGUUCGAACACGUCUGGGAUUGGCCCCUACGAGGUUGAGAUUCAGACACUCAAUGCUGCCCUACACCUCAAUGACCUACACACUGCAAUGGGAAGGACUUCAGAUAACAAGCUGGGUCUCGAUGUGCUGGGAAUCGUCAACAAAAUCGGCUCCAAGGUGAAAGACAUCCGCUGUGGCGAGCAGGUUCUGGCCAUCGUCCCCGGCGCUUUCAAGGCGGUCCACCGUGUCGACCAGGGCUUCGUCAAGCCUGCGCCGCCCCCCUACGAGUGCUGUCAGUACACGCCCAGCGACCUGAUCGCGGCGUGCUACGCAUUGUGCAGUGUCGGCCGUCUCACGCGGAAGAAGAGGGUGUUCAUCCAUGCCGGCGCGAGCUCGUACGGUCAAGCUGCCAUUCGGGUGGCUACACUCAUCGGCGCCGAAGUCUUUGCGACGGUUCUGGGCGAGGGCUCGGAAGCUCAGCGCGCGACUCUGAUUGAUGCCCACCGUCUUCCCAAGGACCACAUUCUGGACGCCAACGGGGACUCAUUCGUUGCCGAUAUCCUGAGAGUUGGAAAGGUCAACGUCCUUUACAACCCCACCCAAGAACACACUGCCGUCAGUUUUAAGUGUGUCAAGCCAUCCGGAUGUGUCGUCCAGCUCGCCCACAAUGCCGGUCCAGCCGUAAGCGUGCCCGUCACAGCCACAACAUACGUCAAGCUCGACCUUGGUCUCCUCUUGGAGGAGGACCCAGAACUAGUCAAGAGCCUGUUCAGUAUCGUGGACCACUUCGUCUGUGACUAUCUGCGCAAAAGCGCCAGCCUGCAGUGCCAGCCGGUCCACCGAUUCCCCAUGUCCAAUUUCAAGGACGCCUUCACACAGAUCGAGAGAGAGCCAUACCACGGCCUUACAAUGAUGGAGGCGAACCAGGAUACGCUCGUACGUGUGGCCCGGGAGGUGCAAAGCCGGUCUCUCGCCGAGGUCAUUGACCCUGACGGAACCUACGUCCUUGCCGGUGGCCUCGGAGGCCUUGGAAGGAGCAUAGCGAAGCUACUUGCCAACAACGGCGCCAAAAAACUGGUGUUUCUAUCAAGAUCGGGCGGUGGUGCCGAUGCCCAAGCCUUCGUCAACAGUCUCGACGGGGUUGAUGCCAAGGCAAUCGCGGUAGACAUUACCGACCGGAAGGCUCUCGAGGCCCUCCUUCCGGCGCUGGGCAAGAUCUCCGGAGUCGUUCAAUGCGCUGCUGUCAUCAGGGAUGCUCUGUUCGAGAAGAUGUCUCACGCCGACUGGACUGCAGCCUUCCGUCCAAAAGCAGUUGGCGCCAUCAACCUCGUGGAUGUCCUUGGCCCUGGUCUGUCCGCCCCCGGCAAGGCCGACCGCUCCGAUCUGUGCGGCCCAUGGUUCCUCUUUCUAUCGAGUGCCUCGGGAGUCAUCGGCAAUCGCGGACAGGCCAACUACGCGGCUGCCAAUGCCGUACAGGAUGCUCUGGCCCAGUCACUCCCACGUGCCGUCUCUCUCGACCUCGGCCCGGUCCUCGAGGCAGGCAUGCUGGUCGAGGACGAGGAAACUCUGGCCAAGCUUCGGGGUGCAGGAUUCUACGGAAUUCGCCACCGGGACUUCCUCACGAUGGUCGAGAGGGCCAUCACAGGGGAGGUUGUCAAGGGCGUUGCCACGCCGGCACAGAUCGUCUCGGGCGUCGGCACUGGCGGCUUAAUCCGGCAAAACAACCCCGGCGAUCCCUUCUGGUCCCGGUCGGCGAUGUAUUCCUACAUGAAUACCGUCGACAUGCCUGUCACAGCGCCUGAAGAGGAGUAUUCCGGCAACGGCGGCCUCCCGAGCGAGGUGGACGUCAAGAGGAUGCUCGCCGCGUGCUCCGACACGGAGGCAGCCGCGGACAUCAUCUGCACGGGCCUGGUGCAGCUGAUGGCCAAGGCAAUGACCCUCCUGCCGGAGGAGGUUGAUCCGGAGCGGGCGCCGAGCGCGUACGGCGUCGAUUCCCUUGUAGCUGUUGGCGUUCGGAACUAG